AUGUCACAAUCAAAUGGUAUGGAAAAUAGAUGGUGGGAUGAAAUUCUUCAAAGAAAAGAAGAAGCAGAACAAUUAUUAAAACAAACUGAACAAGAAUGUAGAGUUAUUGAACAAUUAGAGCAACAAAAAUUAAACAAUCAUGAAUAUGAGUUAACUGAUAAGAUAGAAAAAAUUAUCAAUAAAUUAAAAUGGAAGAUACAAUUAAUAGAAGGAAAAAUAAAUAAAAGAAGUGAAGUUCUUCAAAAAUUAAAAGAAGAUUUUAAUAAAAUAAGUCAAAUAAAUCAACAACAAGAAGACGAAGAAAUAACAAUGAAAGAAAUAACUAAUGACAUUAUCAGAAAAUUACUUUUUAUAGAAGAGAUGAAAUAUAAAAAAGAGAUUAAAGAAAUUGAAUCAAAGUUUCAAGAAAUGAUUAAUAAAAGAAAAGAAGAAUUUCAAUUAAGAAGAACUGAACUUACCAAUAUGAAGUUUAUAAUUCCUAAUAGAAUUGAUAUUAUUCCAUUUACACUUAAAAUAGAUAAAGAAUUCAGAAUUAUUGAAGAAUAUUAUAUUUAUUUACAGAAUUGGUCUAAUUUGAAUGAGUAUCAAAUUCUAUUUGAUUCUUUUCUUGAUUCACAAAACCAGUUUAAUGAUAGAGUUAUGAAUAAACGCAAUUUAUAUUUUAUUAAUUUUGAUGAAUUUGGUUAUGUGUUUGGAGCAUUUGUGUCUGUUCCUAUUCUUGAAACUAACAAAUUUAUUUCUGAUCCUAAUCAUUUUAUUUUCUCAUUAAAGAAAUCAAUAUUUAAACCAAUGAAAUGGAAUCCAAUUGGAGAUAAUAGUUCUAAUGCUCUUUUUAUAUAUAGAAAUGAAAGUUAUUUAUAUCAAGUUGGUCAUACAGGUUGUUUUAUAAUUCAUCAAACUGGUGUAUCAAAUUCAUACUGUAAGAACCUCCAAAUAGCUUAUUUAGGUGCACCAUCAAGUUUGAGUAAUACAGAAAGUUUUGAAGAUUUCUCAGUCAAUAGAGUAAUAGUUAUUCAAAUGAUGUAA